GAAGUUAGAUCUUUAUUUUCUUUGGUGUGUUUUAACAGGUUGUCCACCCUAACCAAUUUAAGUAUCACAAAUGUCAAACGCAGUAAUCGCAACUGUCAGUAUUAUUGCAACCACUACAGCGGCAAGCGGCAAGGGUGUCGGCGGUCUAAUCUCUAGUCUCGUGCCUUGUGACGUUUUUUUGACAGAGGUGUUAAGUGUCAUGCUCCGGAAGGACAAUUGAGAUACAAUAAUUUGGUUAUGUGGUGCUGUACAUAUUAUGUUUCUAAGACUAUAUCGUGACUUACGAUUAAUCUCGAACAAGUUUUCUGCCGUUUUUGUUAAAUUUUCUCCAAUAAAUUACCAUAAUUUUUCUUGAUCUCUUCUCAUAAUUCCUUUAGCACCAUAUAAUUUAAGGCUAUAUUAAUAAUUGCUGUCUUGCACUAUGUUUGGUCCAGAAGACGACGAAGACUUUACUCCUGCAGUAAAUUCAAAACUAGCAUCUCUGUUUGGUCAACCAAUGGAAGAAGGAAAUGCAUCUUUAACUUAUACUGCACCGAAACAACCCAAAAAAACACGUCCAGAAACUGCAUCGCCAGCCAGUGGUUCUCCUGGGAAGUUAGGGAUUAUUGUUGUUCAAGCAGUCCAGACCUACAGACUAGAAGGGGGCAGUUAUAAUAAUCAAGGCAAGCUUGGUGCUGCCCUUCUUGGCAAUACUUCUUUAAAAUUGUACCAAUUAUUGCUUUACAAAAAUAAACAACAACAUGUGACGAGUACAAAGAUAUCUGACAAGUUUCAGUUUAUUGUCCAAGAUCAGAAUUAUGCUUCCUUUUAUGAUGACAGAGGGCAAAAUUGGUCUAUAAUGUUUGAAUCGGAGAAGAAUGCUGUGGACUUUGCUAGAGAAGUAGGGCUAGCUCGAGCGUGUGUGCCAAGUGAGAAAGGGGACCAACCCUUUUACGUGCAAGACUUGAAAGUAGGGAAAGGAUCAGGAGCAGAGAUUGGGGACUUGUUAGAAAUUCGCUACACAACAUUGCCAUUUGUUAAUGGUAAACUAGAAAAAGCCAUAGAAAGCAAUAUUGAUGCAGAAAAACCCCAACGAGUGAAUAUUCGCAAAGGAGUUUGGGAAGAAGCAUUGUUAGGAGCCACCAAGGGUUGCAAGAAGUUAAUUGUGUUGGCUCCUGUUCUGUUUGGACCCUGGACACCACUUGCUGAUGUUAACCACAGACUCGUUGUUGAAGUGGAAGUGGGUAGAAUUAAGACAAGGAAGCAGUCCCGAGAAAGUACUCCUAUUGAAAUCUUAAAUCGCCCAGAUAGUUCUGAAAGCAAUGUGGAUUCAAGUACUGAUGAGACAAGCAUCAAAGCACGCGGAGCUUCCAUUUCAGAAGCAUUAACAAACAGUCCUAAAACUUACAAAGCUAGCAUCAUCUCUCGCAUGGCUCGAAUGGGACAAGCAACUCUGCCUCUGAAGGGAGCAGUGAUGUGUAAUCCAAGUGACUCUGAAGAAACAGAGGAAGAGUCUGGUGGAACUGCACCAAAUGCGUCAGUGCCUGUCAAAUCAAAUCUGAAGUCUCGAAAUUUGUUAAAUAAACGUACAAUGGCCUCUACUCAAGAGGCAAGUCCUGUUCCACCAGGAAAUGUAAACACAUCCACAAGCAGUUCAGGUGUGAUUCCACAACAUAUAAAUGGAGUUCCAUUUAAUUUUGCUGCGCAUCCUGAAGGUCAGUUGUUCGCUUCACAACAUCAAGUUGUUCCAGUGCCUACAGUUGUCCCAACACCUUCUGGCACUCCCUCUUCUGAGUCUCAGUUGUCCAUGUUCUUUUCUGAAAGUAGAACUCACAGUGCAGAAAUUCGAAUGGGACUAACUAAAGUUUCUGAUAAAGUUGAUCAGAUAAUAGGAAAGCUAGACACUCUUCAACAACCUCCAGUGGUUGGAGUGCUUGAUCCAAAAACUUUACUUGCUAGCAUUCAAAAAUUAGUGCUUGAAAAUGAACAGUUGCACACAGAAUUGGCCGAUAAACGUCUGAAGAUGGAACAACAAAAUGAAAAGAUUUAUCAGUUGCUACAACAAAAAUUUCUAGAACAAAAUAAUUCUUCAAAUAUCUCAGACUCACGACAAGAUGCAUCUUUGCAAGCAAUAGUUCUGGAACUGCAGCAAGAGAAAACAAAGUUAUCCACAGAGCUCAGUGAAGCUGCAGGCAAAAUUAAUACAUUACAAAUUCAGGCGAGUAAUUUUGAACGAGUCAGUAUUGAGCUUCGAGAGGAAGUAAAAAACUUGACUUCUCGUCUUCAAGUAGCUUAUGUUGAACUGGAUCGUAGCAGACAGGAUCUGAUAGCACAAGAAAGCUUGAUGAAAAGUUUGAAAGAGAAGACGGAUGCAUCUGUAAAUUUACACGAUACUCAAGAUAGUGUAAUUAAUGACCUUGAAAUAAAAGUAAGAGACUUGCAGGGAGUUAAAGUGUGUCUAGAAACUGCUCUUUUAGAAUCAAAUCAACAACUGGAUGUUGCUAGAAAGAAAUUGUCUGAAGAAGUUUUAUCAAUGCAAAACCUUCAUAAGGAAGAAAUAUCUAAACUUGAAAAAUUUCAUAAACAACAGUUAGAUGAAGUCACAAAGAACAGUGUUUCUUGCAAUAAAAACGAUUGCCAUCAUAUAAGUGACUUACAAAAACUUGAGAAAGAACAUGAAGAAAUGAAAUGUAAUAUUACAGAGCUUAAGAAUAACUUGAAAGCUUCUGCAACCACAUCUAUUGAUGAAAUGAAAAAAGUUAUGAAUGUUAUGUUCAGGCUCAUAAAAGCUGAAUUCCUGCCUGGGACCAAUUAUGAAGGUUCUACAAUACGGCAAACAAUGCUGUCUUCCAUACAGAAUAUUACUCUACAGUAUGUACAUAUGAAAACUAAAAACAAUGAUGUGGUAGAUUCUGAACAGACAGUUUCAAUAGUUUCUAAUGAGCAAUCAAGAUCUGAAUCCAGUGCAGUAGGAGAAGCAGUACACAAUGAGGAACAAAUUCAAGAGUCUGUAAAAUCUGAAGUAAUUGAAAAAAAUCAGGAAUCAGAUAUUUGUAAAGAGGAGAGAAGAAAUAAUGAUGAUAAGUUUAGAGAAAAUGUGACUGAUGAAAGCAACAAAGUGACUGUGACUGAAGAAUCUGAGCAAAAAACUUUGAAAGAAAGCCCACCCAAAGUAGUUGAACCUGACUUUGAAACUGAACCUCUCGUGGAAGAGACUCAGGUAGAAAAAGAGGAGGAUAAAGAAGAAAAAUUAGAAGAGAAAGGAAAAGAUGAGUCAUUGGGAAUAAAUUUGCAAGUAGCAAAACCAAGAGAGUCUUCAAUUGAUAGGGGUUGGAGACCACAGCCUCCUCCUUCACCAUUAUUUGAUGAUGAAGAAGAUGAUGAUGACUGGUUGAGCUGAAUGACUCCAGGUUUCUGAAUUGAAGUAAUAGUAAAUUUAUACCAUUCAUUUAAAAAAGUGCAGUUUUGAUAACUUGACAUCUUUUGCAUUAAUUGUGUUAGUCAUUUUAUAGGAAACAUAUGUAUAUAGAAUUGUAAGGCAUUGUUUUAAACAGAUAACCUGAAAAAGUGUACCCUUUGCAAAAUAAGUAUUAGUUGUGAUUAUGCUAAUUAUAGUUAAUGUAUGCUCCAGUUCAUGAGCAAGUCAUUUGAAAGAACUUUUGAGUUAAUAGUCAUGUGAAAUUACAAAUAAGUAAAAACUGACUUUGUUAGACACAAAAAUCAUUUACCUCAGAAUGGAGUAAUAUAUGAAAAAAAAAGUUUGAUAAAUAUUUUCAAGAACGUGUGAACACCUACUUUUAAGAGAAAAAUGGGAAUUCCGUCUCUAAUUAGAAUGUUUUGAAAUCAACCUCAUUAAAAGGUCUAUUGUCAAUGUCAAGCAUUUAUAAAUUGUCUGUGAUACGUUAAUAAUAGAUCACUAGAAUACUUUGGUUAUCUGUGAUCUCUACCAAACAAAAUGGUCUGUUUUCAAUUUCAGACUGGGGAAGAAUCACUUUAGGUUCAAUUUUGUGUCACUUUUUAUUUUUAUUUUUGGAUAGGUUGAUUUCAAUCAAUUGUGUAGUAUUUUCAUAAUUGUUUUAUUUGAUUGGAUAUAUUUAACCUUCCCAAUAUUUUUUUUAUUUAAAGUUUGGAGUGUAGAUGAUAGAAAGAGGUUGAUUUUGUCAGAUAGCAUUGGUGUACAUACAGUGUGAUUUAUCAAAAGAGAUUCUCAAAAUGUAAAUAAUCAAAACUUCUUCCCCUUGCUAUAGCUGUAGAUGAAUAAGAUUCAAGAGAAAAAUAUAUUAACAUAUCAUGUUUGGAAAUGUUGAACGUUUGUGGUUUUUAUUUUAUUCAUGAUUUGUUAUUCUUUCCUCGAAAACAUCAUUGGAAUUACUCACCUGAAAUAUUUUUAUGGAAAAUGAUAUCUUGUAUUAUUGCUGUGGUAAUAUUUUUUAUAAACAGCAUAUUGUUUUGUUUUGUUUUUAAUGUAAUUAAUUCCAGUUCGUGGUGUUUAUUUAGCUCUUGUUUAGUGCUUAAUCUUCAUGAAAAUAAGUAUAGUUCUUUAAUUCAUCAACUAGAAUACACAAAGCAUAAGUUAUUAGCAACAAGUUGAUUUUAAAAUCUUUUUAGAUUUCCACAUGCAAAUUUGGACAAUCUAAAAGGACUGAAUAUUUGUCAAAUGACAAUAUUCUACAACUACUGAGGCAAACAUAUAUAAAAGUUAGCCAUCUUUCUAUAGUAAAUAUGUUUAUGUUUAAAUAAAAAAUUUCAAUUAAUCACAUUAAAGUUUGAUUAUUUAUAAUCACAAGAGGUAAUCUGAAAAUCGGAAUUAGGCUAAAAUAGUCACUAGCCUGUUUGUCUCGUUUACUAAUCUAGUGAAUGGUGAAUUCAAGACCUUUGUGUUUUUCAUUGAUUCACAGAUUUUCUUUUUUCUUAUGUUUCCUGUCUCUCUCUCUCUCUUUCUUUCUCUCUCCUGUAUCUCCUUCUCCCUUGAAUCUUAAUGUAAAAAAUAACAAUUUUAUUUCCUAAUUAUAAGUUGGGGAAUGCAUAAAUGCUCAAAUAAAAAGGAAGAAAAUUUGUACCAAUCAUUGAAGUGGAAAUUUGUUUUCAGGACUUUUUAAAAAUUUAUGUAAAUAAAUACAACUGUGUAAUGUUAA